AUGAGUUUCUUCGGCCUCGGGCAGAGCGCCACGCUCGAGCUGCGCCUCUCCGAGCCGGGCUCGAGGAGGGGGAGGAGGAGGAGGGGGAGGAGGGGGAGGAGGCCCCGGGUCCCCGCCGUGUUCGUGGACGGGGAGACGGUGGCCGGCCGCCUCCUCGUGUCGCUCAAGAACCCCGGCAAGCGCCUGGAGCACGGCGGCAUCAAGGUGGAGUUCGUGGGGCAGAUCGAGCUGUACUACGACCGAGGCAACCACCACGAGUUCGUGUCGCUGGUGAAGGACGUGGCACGCCCCGGCGAGCUCACUCAGUCGCAGUCCUUCGACUUUGAGUUCACGCACGUCGAGAAACCCUACGAGAGCUACUCGGGACAGAACGUCAAGCUCAGGUACUUCCUGCGAGCGACGAUGUCGCGCCGAUUGAGCGACGUGGUGAAGGAGAUGGAGCUGCUGGUCCACACGCUGAGCACCUACCCAGAGCUCAACAACCCCAUCAAGAUGGAGGUCGGCAUUGAGGACUGCCUCCACAUCGAGUUCGAGUACAACAAGUCAAAGUACCACCUGAAGGACGUGAUCGUGGGGAAGAUCUACUUCCUGCUGGUGCGUAUCAAGAUCAAGCACAUGGAGAUUGACAUCUGUCGGCGCGAGACCACGGGGAGCGGUCCCAACGUGUUUCACGAGAACGACACCAUCGCUAAGUACGAGAUCAUGGACGGGGCGCCCGUCAGAGGUGAGUCGAUCCCGAUCCGCCUCUUCCUCGCCGGCUACGACCUCACGCCAACGAUGCGCGACGUGAAUAAGAAGUUCAGCGUGCGCUAUUUCCUCAACCUCGUCCUCAUUGACGAGGAGGAGAGGAGGUAUUUCAAGCAGCAGGAGAUCACCCUGUGGCGCAAGGGUGACAUCGUGCGGCGUAGCAUGUCCCACCACGCGGCCAUCGCCUCCCAGCGCUACGAGAGCCCCCCGCCCGCCCCUCCCCCCGCGGCCUCCACGGGGGAGCCGGGCCCCGGCGGCGACUCGGAGCCACCGCCCCACGCCCCAGCGGCGUUCGCUCGCGGCCGCGCCGACGGGGACGCCCCCCGUGACCUCCUCCGCGACGAGGAGGACUAGCGGGGGUAGCGGGGGCUACCAGGGCGAGUGGGACUACCGGGGACUAGCGGGGACUAGCGGUGGGUGACGCCCAACUCGGGGGGGGGUUUCACUUCAGCUUGCGGGUGGCCCGGCUAGGCGAGCCCAGGCUCUGAGGAGGCGGUAACCGGGCACUUGUUAGAAUUGUUGAGGAGCUUUUUAGGCCCCUUGCUAGGCCUCGCCCGACUGGGUGAGGCUUUUGCUGGGACUCGUUCGACGGAACUUAGACCCCCGCUGGACGUCGUUAGAGUUAGGCUUCGCUAGACCUUUGCUGGACGAAAACGGGCUUGUUGGUACUCGCUAGAUUGAACUGAGCUUUGGUUGACUGCACUGGCCUUGCCAGGCCUUGCAAGGCCUUGUCAGACAAAACCAGCCUUGCUAGACCUUAUAUAAGACAGAAGUAGGCCUUGCUAGACUUUGCUAGACAUCUAGGCCUUGCUAGACCUUAGUACACAGACGUUAGGCCUUGCUCGAUUUUGAUAGACAAACCAGACUUCGCUAGACCUUGCUAAACAGAAACAGGCUUUAUUUACGACUUGCUGAAUGCGCCUUGCGAAAACAGAACUAGGCCUUGCCUCGUCUUGUUUGGUUGGGAUCGGGCUUUGCUAGGACGUGCUGGGUAGAAGUAGACAUUUCUAUGCCCUUCUAGGCCCCGCCAUGGCCUGCCAGGCCGCAGCCCGGAGCCGCGUCACGACUAGGCCUCGACUAGGCCUCGCGGCGUACUAGGCGAGCGCCAGGCUGUGUUUGUGCUUCUUAAACUAAGGGCCCCGGUCGACCGUCGGUGGGAAAAUAAAUUGGGGGGGGCUGGGGUGGGGUGGGA